AUGGCCGACUUGUUGGCAAGAUACGGCGUUUACAUUGAUGAUCUGAGCAAGAUACGUGUUUUAGAGCCGGAAGCGGCGAAUCAAACGAAUAAACUGAAGGAGGAGUGUCAGAAUUUCGUGACCAAGAUUACUGAAUUUGAAAAGAAUUCCGACGAAUUCAUUAGAAUAUUAGAUAAUUUGUCAAAGGAGGUGGAGAAAGAGAAAAUGAAAACGAUUGGCGCGCGGAAUCUGCUGCGUUCUGUUGCGAAGCAAAGGGAAGCUCAGAAACAGCAAAUGGAGGCAUUGAUUUUGGAGAAAUCUAUGGAAUUAGAACGACUACGAGUACAAUACGAUUCUUAUAAGAAGAUCGAAAUGGAACAGCUAGAAACUAUUGAGCAUUUAUCAGUAAAUUAAUGUAUAAUAUUUUAU